UUUGACUGUUUGUGAAUCAAUCGCGGCGAGUGACAGCUGUUUUUCUUCGUCAUUUUCUGUCCAGGAUCAAUCAGUGUUGAUUGUGAGUGAAAAGUUUAGUAGAAAAAUCUGUUUUAUUCGUUUUAAAAGCUUAUUUCUGUUCAGAAAAGUAUUUCCACAGUUGCAUGAAUCCCGUGUGCCAAUUUUGAACAUUACGCCCGAAAGAUUGGUAAAGUUUAAAUUGUACAAUUUCCCGAUUCUUCGAUAGGGAAAUUUUGUUGGCUUUCUUUUUUACUGCUGGCUGCUGCUGCUGUUAACAACAACAAUAACAAGGCCGUUUUAGCAUAAUUUUUCUACGAGCUAUGAAAUAGGACGACAUUAGUCAGUAAAAGUCGUGUUGACAAAUCGUGUUGUGCGAUUCAAACAUCGAAAUACCUAUUAUUGGUCACGGCGAUAGUUUCGAGGUCACAAUGGAUCCCAAGCAGAUAACUGCGUUGGCAAAGCUUCUGAAGGACAGUGGCGAUAAGGUGUUAAACUGUGAAUACAAGCUGUCUCUGUCAGGAUCCCUAUUGCGUGCACUGAACGACGCAUUCAGUUUGAUAGUGGACAAAAAUGAGACAUUACCGCCUCAGAGUUUUCAAGUGGUGAAACCCCACAAUGCCAAAUCGGACGUGUUCCGGGACAUUCAGUUUAUCUACGAUUUUGUUCAGAAAACUAUUAUUUUGAGUUUGAAUCAAUUCAUCAAUGACGACCCGUACGAGUUCGAAGUGGACAUCAGUAAGUUCAGAAGCCUUAGAAAGUUGGAGAUUCAGAAAAUCCCCAUCAACCAGAUAAUCGGGAUUCAGCAAAUGAGAUCCCAGCUCAACGAAAUCGUAUGCAUACGCAGUAUAUCGCAUGUGAAGGAUGUGAUAACUGCCUGCGGAGGAGACAAUAGCAACGGUUUCACUUGGAACGAACUGAAAGCUGCCAAUUUUUCCUACAACAUGUUGCAUCACAUCGAUAGCUCUCUAGAGUUCACACCGUGGCUGGAAAACUUGAAUCUGAGCCAUAACCAAAUAGUAAGUGUGUCGGCGAUCAAGUGGCUUCCAAAUCUGCGUGUGCUCAAUCUUAGCUACAACAGACUGAACCAUAUUCCCUCGUUUCACGUGGAUGCGGUGCGAAAGAUACACGUGUUUCACAUAUCCAAUAAUUUUAUAGAGGAUCUUUCGGGUAUUUCGCGCCUAUUGUGUCUGAGUGAGCUGGAUGCCUCCGGCAACUGCAUCGUAGAUCAUACGGCACUGUUACCCGUUAGCACUUUGGCUUCUUUAUGCUUCCUGAACUUGAAGGACAACCCGUUGGCAUGCCAUCCUAAGCAUAGGCAAGCAACGGCUCGGUAUCUAAAUAAGAAUACUUCCACUUCGAAGUUUGUUCUGGACGAUGAACCGCUGUCCAAGUAUGAGAAAACGCUGACUGGAAACUACGACAGCUAUCAUGCCAUUUUGGCUCCGAGGCUUCCGGGAAGUGUAGCCUCAAGUGGUCUUAACACACCGGCCACGAGAAGCGCGAUAAAUACUCCAACCGGAAGCGUGUCGUCUAAGAGCAGUUUUCGAAUGGAUCCUGGAGAUGAGAUGAGUUCAUCGAUAAUUAGCCAGAAAAGAAUCAAGGUGCGUCGUGCAAUCAUAAGCGAAGGUGAUUCCAAUGAAUCAAAUCCGAAAGAAGAUGUCAAACGGGAAGUGGGCACUGCAGACAGUAGUCUGGAAACCAGCCGUGACCAUUUGGAAACAAAAAAACAAAUCGAGAGUCUUCGCAAACAGUACGGUAGUGAAUGGCUCCAAAGACAAGCUGGUAGUAUGGUAAAGAACGUUAUCGGAUUUGAUCCCUCCGUUGAUAAGCAAUAUGAAAGUGUAUUGUACUAUGAGGGUGAUAGGAAAGCGAGAACGACGGAAUCGACUUCGUCCGUUGCCAAAACUAUUCCCGUGGAUACAACUGUAGCUAGUUGCAGUACGAACGAUAGCAUAAAAACUUCGACGCCCGUUGAUCGGGAUUCUUCAACGCUGAUGGAACCGUGUGAAUCACCCAUAAAGUCCCAAGGAGGACGUCGUUCUGAAGGAGUGGCUAGCGAAGCUGAUUUCAAAAGCGUCAUCCCCGAUGAAGACUCUUCAAACUAUCAGUCGGUGUCAGAUGUGACCCCGGGUAAUGCGUCGCAUUCAUUGAUACUAAAUGAUAUUUACGGCAAUCCCGUAGAGGAAGAGCUAGAAUCAAUCGAGGAAGAAAAUGAGAGAUCCUACAUUGUGUACCGGAUGGGAGAUCCAAAGGAGAUUAUUCUCGUUGUGUCAGAUGCUAGCAUUCGAGAGAAAGAUGGCGACAAAACCAAAACGAGAUGGGGCAUCUCAUCCCUCGAGGCAUGCGAGCGGCCGACUUCCACCAGCAUCACACUGCUGUUCGGUACGAUCAAGAAGGAUAAGAAAACGCGCACAUACGAAAUGGACGAACCCAACUGUCAAGAGCUGGAAUCUUUUCUGCGGGGUAUUUUGUCCAAGCGACCACUGUCGGAGAUGAAUCAAAAGCUGUUCGAUUGUGUUGUUUGCAAAGCAAGGUUCUCCAGGGAAGUAAACUUCUCGAAAGUCAUUGACAAUUUGCAAUGCCCCGAAUGUAGUCAACCGUUUUGCGUUGAAAUAUCAGAAUCACCUGCCAAAUGGAUUCCGACUGACCAGAGCAAAAGGGAUGGCGGAGCUUCAGCGCUACCACCGGAAACGACAGCCGAGCUGACCGCACCAGGUCCAUCUGGUUUGGGUGCCAUAUUGAAGCAAAGCGAGUCUAGGGCCAGUAUCGCACUGCCGGAUGCAUGGAAAUCACCGGUGAAAAAUAAACCGAGAUCAACUGGUUCUCUGAACGAUUCAUCCUCAUGUUCUCGUAUCUCGCAACCGAGUAGCUCAUGUGAUUCGAAUCGAAGCGUGGCUGGAAGUACCAACUCGGAACGUGAUCGGGACGUGGACCUUAUUGGCAAUGAUAGCGACAUAGAAGUCCUUAGCAACCCUAGUCAAAGCAGUAUCGAAGUACUGGACAGAGGAUUUCAUCCGAGUAGAAAGCACUCAGAGGAAAGAAAAAACCUCCAGUUAUCCGGAUUGGACGAUGACAGUCUCAAGAACAUAUCAACGACACUCAUCAAUCAAGAAACUUCAACCCAUGAUCUCAAUGCGAAAGUGGAGGAUAGCUUUAAUAAAAUAAUAAAAAUCGAAGACGCUCCAGCGACUGAAAAAGAGUGCGGGUCGACACCGAAACCGAACCUAUCCCACAAGAAAUCGUUUUUGACGGCGGCUAACCUCACCGAGAGCAGUUCAUCCGGAUCGGUGACGGACAGUGUUUGCACGGCGUAUGAAUCGAAUCAAGAUCCUAAGCAAAGCAGCACAUCGGAUGAGGUCGGUGAAGGCGAAAAGUCCAAGAAAGAAUCCCUUUCCGCCAAACCUGGACUUGAUUCUCCGGCAGCUAAGUCGGAAAAUUCUGUCAUCAGCACUGUACUGGGUGGACUGUUCCAGUCCACUAACAUGUUGAUGUCCAAAACACCAAAACCCAACAAACCGGACCCGAGCACCAAUUUACCGUUUGAACCCAUCAAAUAUUCAUACACAGACUACUCCAAUGUUGACCACAGAUUGAAGUUGUACCUCUACCAGAACCUUUUCGAAGAUACGAACGAAUCCCUGAAGUGGCUCGUUUCAUGUGUAAUCUUCGACGAAAAUCAACUCGAUAAGUGGCCAACGGGUUUCGACGGAUUGUUCAUUAUGUCAACAACUAAGUUUUAUGUGAUGAAAAAGACCGCCGCUGAAAAUGAUGAUCCAUCAAGUUGGAUGAAGAAACAUCUGUCCGGCACUAUUGAUCGUGUUGGAAUUGCCCAGGUGCUUCCGUGGAAAAUCGGCAUGAAGUUCGUCAUCAGUGCAGUAGGAGGAAUUCACAUAAUCCUCCAGGACAUUUUAAGGACGGACUGUUUGAUUUUAUUUUUUGCAGAAAACCCGCUUUCGGAAUAUUGUACGUUUGACUACCAGCCGUCGGAGUUGUUGACCAACAAGCUGAGUAAAGCGACCGGUGGCGAAAUGGUUAAAAUCCUAAUGGUCAUCAACUUCUGCGAAGUGCUCUCCGAUGAUGUGUUGCACAGUGUGCAAUUAUGCACACUGUUGCUCACAGAUAGUCAGCUCUAUCUCGCACCGGACAUAAAAUGGUUGAACGAAAACAGCAAAUACCAAAUCGAAUCUAAAUAUUCCCAGCUGAUGUCGAAUCUCAUCGAGCUGGAAGACAUCCACAGUCUUUCGUGUCGUCUCAAUUUCAUCGACGAAAAGGAAGAUAAGUAUGAAACAUGGCGAAUCGAUUUUGCCACAGCCACCGCCAAAGAAAGUGCCGUUUCGACGAUAUGUAACUCUUGGCAAAAGAUCUUUGGAGUGCCUUUGAUUAAUCCCAGCGGGAAUAGCAGCAGCAAUAACAACAAUAGUAGCAUAGUCUCCCACACCAGUCAGAUAAACGAUAGUAAAUUAAUAACGAAUAUUUCCAAUUGAUGUAAGUUCCCACCGUCCUCAUAUAAUUUUACAUCAAAUGAGUUAGGCUUACAAUGGAUAAGUUUGAAAACAAUUGUAUCAUAAUUUGCGUGUUAUUAGUUUGUGACAUAGUUUUGCAUACUUUAGAACGUGAUAUUAGGUCUAACUAAAAAGUUUUACCAAUUAUUUUUCAUUAGUGUUGUCACCCGUGUAGUAAGAUAUUUAUACCAACUUUUUUAUCCAAUUAUGUACUAUAUAACAAAGAAAAUGUGAUCGUAAUAGACAGUCUCAAUUUACAUUAAAAUAUAAUAAUUGGCUACCUGAUCAUGAAUAAAUUUUAGUACGUCCUGAAGCGAA